UUCGCGAAAGGAGUCCACGAGAAGGGUCUCAAUCGGCGACAACUGAUCACCGAAGAAGUGUUGGUGUCUUUGGUGGCGCUGUUGGACACACUGUCAGCGCUGGUCGACGAAGUGAAACCUCUGGAUGACGACAAGAACCAGAGGUUUGGGAACAAAGCGUUCAGAAUUUGGUUCACUCGUAUGGAGACCGAAGUCGAGGAACAGCUGAAUCAAGUGCUGACCGCCGAAGAAGUGGCAGAACUGAAACCUUAUUUGUUGGACUCGUUUGGUAACCAACAGCGUAUAGACUACGGCACCGGACAUGAGAUGUGUUUCGUUAUCUUUCUCAUGGGUUUAUAUAAAUUGAAAUUAAUUAACACAAGCGAUGAAGUGCUGAACAAAGAGGUGGUCCGCGGCCUCAGCCACCAGUUGCUGACAGUGUUCGGUGUGCUAUAUCUGCCACUCGUACGCAAAAUCCAAUUACGGUAUCGCUUAGAACCGGCCGGAAGUCACGGCGCCUUCUCUUUGGACGACUUCCAGUUUCUGCCGUUUUAUUUCGGAUCCGCACAACUGGUGGGUCACCCGUAUGUCGAACCGCAUUCAUUCCCCGACCCAGAAGUGGCCAAACGACACAAAGACGACCUCAUGUUCUAUUCGGCCAUCCAUUUCAUCCACGAAGUGAAAAGAGGGCCUUUCGCUGAGCACUCGAACCAACUCUGGAACAUCUCAGGAGUGGACGAC